UUUCAGUAAAAUAGUACAGUAUAUUAUUUAGAUAUAAAAUCCGAAUUAUUUCGUAAAGCUAUUUAUUAUUCAAGAAUGCCUAAAAUCUGGAAUUUCCCAGGCAUGUCCUCUUUUUAUGUUAUCGACAGUUUGUUAAAUCUGGCAACAGUGUUAUUCAGUAUAUAAGUAUGGCGACCUCCUUACGAUCAUGUGGCUAUAAAGAAAGUUUUACCUGUUUAACAAAAUAUGAAGCUUUUUAUAAAAGUGGAAAUAUACAAUUUUCAACAGAUGGUAAAUCAAUGCUAUGCAGCUGCACUAAUCAAAUGAAAAUAGUUGAUGUUGAAACUGGAAAAAUUAUAAGUUCUAUUGGAAAAGAUGAUGAUGAUCUUGAAUUGACAAGUUUUGUUCUUGGAAAUAAUGACAGAAUUCUUGUCACAUCUUUUCGAAAUGGACUAUUACAACAAUGGGAUAUUGUUGAUAAUAAAUUAAUUCGCUCAUGGAAGUCAAUUCAUAUGGGCCCAAUAUCAUGUAUGACAUUUGAUGCAAGUGAUGUUCUUCUUGCUACUGGAGGUAGUGAUUCAACAAUAAAAGUUUGGGAUAUAAUUAAACAGUAUUGUACACAUAACUUAAAAGGUGCUCAAGGUGUUUUCAGCUCAGGGAGAGAUAAUGUGGUUAUUAUGUGGAAUAUUGAAACAUAUGAAAAUUUGAAAACAAUUCCUGUUUAUGAGUCUCUGCACAGUAUAAUAUUGAUUCCUGCUAAUCGCAAAUUACCUAAUGUUAAUGUUAAUGCUAAUUAUCUGUAUUUUAUUGCUGCUGGAGAAAAAGGUAAACUCUCCAUAUGGAAUUCUCAUACAAGCAACAAAGUUUAUUCUCAAAAGUCACCUAUAACAGUUACUGGGAAAGAAGCUGAUUCUGUUAUUAUGAAAGCUUUAUACAUCCCCACUAAAGAUCUUAUUGCUGUAAUAACAUAUGAACAUAAUAUAAUAUUAUAUGACCUUGAAAAUUUUAAAUUGCAAAAACAAUUUUCAGGACACAAUGAUGAUAUUUUAGACAUAAAGUGUAUAGGAAAAGAAAGUUCUCAUAUAGCUGUUGCUACUAAUAGUUCUUAUAUUAAAGUAUUUGAAUUGUCUACAUUCAACUGCCAGUUAUUAAAAGGCCAUCAAGAUUUAGUAUUAUCAUUAGAUACUUUUGCUACAGCUCCUCAUUAUUUAGUCAGUGGUUCAAAAGAUGACACUGUAAGAGUUUGGAAAAUGAAUGAUGAUGAAAGUUUUACAUGUUUGUAUGUGGGUUUUGGUCACACUCACAGUGUUAGUUCUGUUGCCUGUUCAAGAUUAGAUCAUUACACAUUUGUCAGUUGCAGUCAAGAUAUGACUAUCAAGCUGUGGGCAUUACCUAAACAGAAUAACACAGCAUCAAAUGAUCAAUCAUUGUCAUCCACAUGUACUGUUGUUGCUCAUGACAAGAAUAUAAAUUCCAUUACAAUUUCUCCAAAUGAUAAGUUUGUUGCAACUGGAUCUCAAGAUAAAACAGCAAAAGUAUGGAAUUCAAAAGAUUUAUCUUUAGUUGGAGUGUGCAGAGGACAUAGACGUGGUAUUUGGUGUGUACAGUUUUCUCCAUUAGAUCAGGUAUUAACAUCAUCAUCUGCUGAUGGUACGAUUAAAAUGUGGUCUUUAUCUGAUUUUAGCUGUGUAAAGACAUUUCAAGGUCAUGAAUGUUCUGUUUUAAAAUUUAUCUUCAUCAAUAAUGGCAAACAAAUUCUAUCAAGUGGAUCAGAUGGCAUUAUUAAAUUAUGGAUAAUUAAAACAAAUGAAAUGGUGAAAUCGUUAGAUGUCCAUACAGAUAAAGUAUGGGCUAUUACAACUACUAACAGUGAAGAUAUAAUUAUUUCAGGAGGUGCAGAUUCCACUAUUAUUAUUUGGAAGGAUGUCACAAAAGAGGAGAAAGAAGCUGAAAUUAUCAAAAAUGAAACUUUAAUUUUGCAAGAACAGGAACUAAAAAAUCUUAUUAAAGCUAAAGAUUGGAUCCAUGCUAUCUCUCUUGCAAUUACUUUAGAACAACCAUUUCGUGCUCUUAACAUAAUAAAAAAAAUACUUUUGGAUUCUACAGGAAUUGAUAAAUUGAAAAAUAUUAUUUCAGAAAUGAGAGAAGAUCAAAUAACUGCUUUGUUAAAAUUUUGUGUGACAUGGAACACAAACAGUAAACAUUGUUAUCCAGCCCAAGUUUUAAUUAAUAUCAUCUUUAGAACAUAUACUUCAGAACAAAUCCUAAAAUUUCCUGAUGCACAUAUAACUGUUCAAGAGUUAUUACCAUACACAGAAAGGCAUUUUAAAAGGGUGAAUAAAUUGAUGCAGCAAUCCAUGUUUCUUGAAUAUUUAAAAUGUAACAUGAAAGUAGCAACAUGACUGAGAUUUUGUUAUUUGUAUAUAAAUUGUAUAGCAAUUUUAAUAAAUAUUUUUUAAUGAAUCCGA